CCUGAGAUUCUUUUGAACAGGAGCUUUGCUUCCCAUGACGCAGAGCGAAGUGUCAACUGGGAUAUUUCUGGUAAUACUGAAAGCCAGAGAAGCAGGGUGUACACUUCACAAGACACCAGCCCCCCGAGGGACCGUGGGAGGGCUUGGGUGCCACCCCCCGUGACAGAUGGAUGGACCUUUCAUCUGAGAAAGGAGAAGAUACUUGGGCAGAUCAACCUCAAACCCAAGAUUGCUUGUGAAGCAAUCGUAAAGGGGAAAACACACACACACAUACACACACACACACACAAGCUUGAGAGGCAAGAAGACCAAAAAGCCAAGAAGGGCGCGAAUUGUGGCAGACUCCCCGCUUCAGCAGCGACUCACCCAGACCAGAAGCAAAAUGUCCCUGAAGUUGCCGAGAAACUGGGAUUUCAACCUGCGAGGGGAGGCUGGCAAAAUAGCUCGGUCAAGGAGCGUGAUGACCGGAGAGCAGAUGGCGGCCUUUCACCCUGCAUCCACCCCCAACCCGCUGGAAAGGCCCAUCAAGAUGGGCUGGCUGAAGAAGCAGAGGUCCAUCGUGAGAAACUGGCAGCAGAGGUACUUCGUGCUGAGGGCGCAGCAGCUCUGUUACUACAAGGACGAGGAGGACGUAAAGCCACAGGGCUGCAUGUAUCUACCUGGAAGUACAAUCAAGGAGAUCGCCACAAAUCCAGAAGAAGCAGGGAAAUUUGUCUUCGAAGUCAUUCCAGCCUCAUGUGACCAGAGUCGUACAGGACAGGAUUCCUAUGUCCUCAUGGCCAGCUCCCAGGCGGAAAUGGAGGAGUGGGUUAAAUUCCUUAGGAGAGUCUCUGGCACGCCCUCUGGAGCUGUGUUUGGCCAGCGCUUGGAUGAGACCGUGGCUUAUGAGCAGAAGUUCGGCCCCCACCUGGUGCCCAUCCUGGUGGAGAAGUGUGCCGAGUUCAUCCUGGAGCAUGGUCUGAAUGAAGAGGGCAUCUUCCGACUGCCUGGGCAGGACAACCUGGUGAAGCAGCUGAGAGAUGCUUUUGACGCGGGGGAGCGGCCCUCCUUUGACAGAGAUACAGAUGUCCACACGGUGGCCUCCCUGCUGAAGCUCUACCUCCGAGACCUCCCAGAGCCCGUGGUUCCCUGGAGCCAGUACGAUGGGUUCCUGCUCUGUGGGCAGCUCAUGAAUUCAGAUGAGGCAAAGGCCCAGCAGGAGUUGAUAAAACAGCUCUCUCUUCUUCCCCGAGACAACUAUAGCCUCCUGAGCUACAUCUGCAGGUUCCUCCAUGAAAUCCAGCUGAACUGUGGAGUUAACAAAAUGAGCGUGGACAAUCUGGCUACUGUGAUUGGUGUGAAUCUCAUCAGGUCGAAGGUUGAGGACCCUGCUGUGAUCAUGAGAGGGACUCCUCAAAUCCAAAGAGUGAUGACUAUGAUGAUCAGAGACCAUGAAGUCCUUUUCCCCAAGUCCAAGGAUGCACCUUUAUCCCCCCCUGCCCCCCAAAAUGACCCCAAGAAACCUCCAGUUGCACGAAGCUCUGUGGGCUGGGAUGCCACUGAGGACCCUCCAAUUUCUAGGACAGACAGUGCCAGUGACUCAGAUGCAACCAGCCCCACUGGACAACAGCCGAACGACGGGUGUCUAGAAGACAAAACAUCCAGGGACAAGCCAGGAGAUUGGAAGCUGCAAUCACGAAAAAGGACUCAGACACUCCCAAACCGGAAAUGCUUCUUGACCUCUGCUUUGCAAGGUGCCAACAGCUGCAAAGCAGAGAUCUUUAAAAAUGAAUUCUGGUCAUCUUCUUCGGAGGCGAAGGCUGGGGAUGGGCACAGGAGAACAAUGUCUCAAGGCAUGCCACAGUUUUUCGACUCCCAGCGGACUUCUACCUAUGAUAACGUCCCCACCCAGCCUGGGUCCCCUGGGGAUGAAGCCAGUACACUCUCACCCCAGGCCUGUGACUCCAAGAGAGAUGCUCUUGCCAGCCUAAACUCUGAAACUGGGCCUGGGAAAAAAAUCUCUGGUGAGGAGGAACUUGAAUCUUUGCAGAGGAUGGUCCAGGAGCUGCAAAAGGAAAUAGAAACACAGAAGCAAAUGUAUGAGGAACAGAUUAAAAACCUUGAGAAGGAAAAUUAUGACGUGUGGGCUAAGGUGGUGAGGCUCAAUGAAGAACUGGAGAAUGAGAAGAAGAAGUCAGCAGCCUUGGAAAUCAGCCUCCGCAACGUGGAACGCUCCCGGGAGGAUGUGGAGAAGAGAAACAAGGCCUUGGAAGAGGAGGUCAAGGAGUUUGUCAAAUCGAUGAAGGAACCCAAGAUCGAUGCUUGAGGAUCCCAGGAACCACAGAGACCGCCUGCAGAGACCCAGCAUUGCUGCCUUUCUUGCUGCUAACCAAUAGCCAGGAAGCAACAUCACUCCCUAAGAGGGUAGACAACAUUAGGAGGGGAAAAACAUCACAUUUCCCAAUAAAUAGAUCAGUGCAGUUUGCAGGAAGAUAAGAGUGAGUGGGGACUUGUGUGGACAGCUCUGAGCCCCUGGGGCUGUAUUAGAAAGGAUUGCAUUAUUCCACGGUGGUUUCAGCUGAGUGAAACGGCACCUUCCACAACCGGAUGGCUGUGUCCAGUGGAGAUUGACGCAGGCCACAGGCAACAGGCUGCCCUUGACACAGGCUGGACUGAAGUGUUAGCUGUGUUUCCGCUGUGGAACAACUUGCUUGGUCAGAUAUCUGACUGGGAUGUCUCUGAGACACAGGGGCCAAAAAUAAUAUUCAGCUUUUGAGUUCUCUGCCUUGGGGGUGGGGAACUGUGUUUUGAAGGGCUGCACCUGCUGAAGCUGGGACCCCAUUCUGCCACCCCCACCAUGAGGCAUUCUCUCCAUGGCUGGAAACUCAAAAUUAGUGUUAGGCAAAGACAAACCAAGCAAUAAACUGUAUUUAUGAAAGCAAAACCCAUUAGAAAAUUAUAUUCAAAUAAAGAAA